UGUUAAGCUAGACAUGACAAAUGGCGAUUUUGAGAAAAACCUCGAAUCCUUGAAUCUCACAGAAGGUCUAAGGUCAUACAAGGGUUACUUUUGAAGCCUUUAUAUUAAACAGAAAAAAAAACAAAUGUCAACUGUCGUCGGUCAGAAUUAUUAUAUUUACCGAAACGUCAAAAAUAUAAUUCAUCAAUUUUGUGCACUUGAUUUGUAAUUAUUUAAAAUUUUAUCCCAAGAAUGGGUGAAGAAACUAAAACACUCAGUGUCGAGGAACUGAAAAUAAAGGGAAAUGAAUGUGUUAAAGAAGAAAAGUAUAUAGAGGCAGUGUUACAUUACACUCAUGCAAUUAAAAUGGACCCAACAAACUAUGUCCUCUACAGUAAUAGAUCAUUUGCAUUUUUAAAGCUUGACCAGCACUUUUUGUCGCUCCAAGAUGCUAAUGAGACUAUAAAAUUACAGCCACAAUGGGCUAAGGGUUAUUUUCGACGCGCUGAAGUCGAGACAGCCAGUGGUCUAUAUGAUGAAGCAUUUAUAUCUUACACAAAAGCACUUCAAUUGGAUCCACAUAAUCACAAAAUAAUAGAAUCAAUAAAAAAUGUCACAGAGACACAAAAGAAGAAAAUGGAAAGACAUAAAAAUACAAUUUGGAUUUGCACUUGUGUUGGUUUGAUUGUGGGCAUUGUUAUAGUCAUAUUAGAUUACACAAUGACAUCAUCUCCAACGCUGACGAAUCCUUUAAGUAUGGUGGCAUUUGCUAUAGCCCUCUCCGGAGUGGGUUUUGCAAUUGGCAAAACUGCAACACUAAUGAGUGCAUGGAGUGAUGGCAAGUCUAUUCUUCCACCAGCAGAUUUAGCUGCAAGUAAUACAAAUGAAGAAGAGACAGUUAUACCAGAAAGAAAAGCUAAGUAUAGUAAAGCCCAAGCAAGACAAAGGUACAAACAGGGAAAACAACUAUAGUUAUUGCUUGUUCUAUGUUUAGUGUUGGGUAUUAAAAAGGUUUGGUUCACUGGUUA